ACACACAAAAUGCCAUUUAAAGGUCUUUCAACAAAGCCGACUUUCGGAAAAAUGCUUCGGUACAAGGACAUAUUCUUGUCCACCCCUAUGUAACCAGUAUCUAUGGAAACUAGAGACUCUCACCUAUCCAACGAGGUUAGUCUGAUGUUGUCCUGUAACAUCAUUUCCUUGCGGACAGUGGACAGUCUCAGGUGCUUUACGCACAGGUAUCAUUGCGGACAGCAGUAAGCACGGUCAGCUUGUUGUUUCAGCAAAUCUCUUCGGCUGCGUUUUUUUCCCGGCUGGAUUUCAGUUCUUAUAAUGGCGCAGAAGAGGAAACUGACUGCUCUGGAAGUUUUGGAAGAAGUUACCAGGACGAGCGACAUUGAAAAAAAGGAUUAAUCAGAUUCUUCAGCAGCUGGUUGCGAGAGCCUCGCACAGACAACUGUAUUCCUCCGUCUUCCACCCGGGCAGAGAGAUAUGCAUAGAUGAGCGGGUGGUGGCGAGCAAGGCCAGAAUAGGGUUCUGUCAGUAUAUGAAGGACAAGCUCACCAAGUUUGGUUACAAACUGUUUGUUUUAGCUGAUUUAUGUACUGGUUACACAUGGAAUUUUUUCAUCUAUAAGGGAAAGACUGAGAAAGUUUAACGAGAAGGCCUGAGUGUAACAUCAGUUACGGAACUGAUGGAGUUUGACCUUCACCUUUAUGUAGAUAACUUCUACAGCUUUCUGAAAACCACAAGGAACUCCCUGCCCAAAUCAGUUGGGAUAGGAGACAUGAGGUGGCGCAGAAAGACGGACUGCUAUUUCUCAUAUGGAAGGACACCAAGAAGGUCACUGUGUGCAGCUCCUUUCACAAGACCUACAGUCGAGACACUGCAGAGGAGUGUGAAGCAGGUGGGUCAGUGCUUACCAGUCAGACCUUCAACCAUUAGAACCGACCACAAAUCUUUAUAUUUGGAAAAAAACUUAAUGCUGUUGGCAAUGGCAUCAGCAGAACCUCAAGAUAUACAUGGCAUUGUACGACAACAACACUUUAUAUCCAGACUGAUUGUGAAAUUGGAGACAGCCCUCGCAACAACACCUCUCAACACAGAUUUUUUGGAAUUUGCAUGUCGUCAGGAGCUGUACCUCUGGGAAGCACUUUCUAGACAUGUGGAGGUCCCAGCAGAAAUCAUACAGGCCUUACAAGGCUUUAUGGGAGCAGUUAUUGAAUAUAAUGAAUAUUUUCAAGAAGUGGCAAUUAGCAGCACUGUAGUUGGAGAAAUGGGUCGUCGUCGAUUUAAUAUUGGGGAAGAAAUAUUGAAAGAACGUUUGGAUAUAAAUUUGUCUGUUGACUGCAUUUCAAAACUACUCAAUGUUUCCUCAAGAACCAUUCAAAGAAGGAUGAAUGAGUUUCGUCUUUCCGUCAAACAGAGGUACAGCCAGAUUUCUGAUGAUGAGCUUGAUGAAGCAAUCCAACAGAUAAAGACUGAAAUGCCCACAGCAGGUUAUCAAAUGGUGAAGGAAAGACUAGUGUCCUUGGGAAUCAUUGUGCAUUGGCAAAGAUUGACUGCAUCAAUGCAUCGAGUGGACUCACUUGGUAUUUUCUCGAGACUGACUGGAUUGGGUGAGGCAUACUUACUCUGUCAGAGGACCAGAGUCCCUGUGGCAUGUGGACACAAACCACAAACGUAUCAGAUUCAACAUAGUCAUUUUUGGAGCUGUUGAUGGGUACUCCGGGAAGGUUAUGUGUUUGGAAGCUGCAACAAACAACUGUGCAGCAACUGCUUUUGCUGCCUUCAAAAGAGCUACAGACCGUCAUGGCGUACCCUCAAGGGUCAGAGGCGACUAAGGAGUGGAGAAUGUUGACAUUGCCCGAUAUAUGUUUACUGUGUGGGGAACUGAUAGGGGAAGCCACAUAUCUGGGAAAAGUGUGUACAAUCAAAGAAUCAAACGUCUAUGGCAAGACAUCAGGAUGUGUGUAACUUCACACUAUUACAGCGCACUUCACAGCUUGGAUGCAGAACACUUGCUGUGUCCUCUCAAGGAGAUCUUUUUUCUGUCCACCAAACAUUCCUUCCACAACUCAACCUAGACCUGCAGACAUUCGUAGAAGGUUGGAACAACCACCCUGUCUGGACAGAAGGGAAUAGAACUCCAGAGCAGAUGUGGUUCUUAGGAAUGAUGUCUAACCCAAUAACCCAGCCAGAAAGUAAAAUUUCUAAAUAGUUUAAUGUUGUAUAUGGUUUAUUAAUGUACAACAAAGCUACGACUACAGCAGAUAAAUACUUGGAAACUUGGAAAUACAAGCACAACAGAGAGUAAAUCAAGACCCUUGGGGCAUUCUUUCUAUAGUAUAGACAAGGUCAAGCUUCAGUUUCUCAAUCUAGUGGUACAAAAUAACUGCUCAAAUUCAAACAACAUUUACAAAUGGCAGGGUUUUUUCUUGGCACUUGUCCUAUCAAAGUGAAAGUUUUUAUCUGAUUUGGACAUAUAUAAAUCCUACACUAGCCUGUAUGCACAAAAAUAUAAAAUGUAAUAAAAUUGUCCAGUAUUAAGAAUUUAUGAAAAUGUUGCUUCAUUUGUUCACAAACUGCAGAAACGAUACUGUCUUGGUCUAAUGUUAGGAUUUACAAGAGCCAGACAUUGACUGGGAUGUUGCAGCAGAGUACAGACCAGAUGCAGAAGGGGUAAUUGUGGUUCCAGAGUUUGGCAAUCCCUCACUGAAGAGCAGCACACUGAAUUACAGUUGCUGUUGGCUCAACAUUUAGGGCAAACAGACACUAAGGAGCUUUAUCUGUUGUGCAGAGAAUAUGUCAAUGCUGCCUUGUCAGAUUAAUAUGUAUUUGAAAUAAAAAGAUCAAACGUGA